AUGCUGCCUCGAAUCGAUGUUCCAAUCGGCCCGACCGGAGGAAACAGGAAACAAGAAAGUCUCGAGAAAUCCGCUCGCCAUCGUACCAAGCUGCCUCGUAGCGAACUUUACCCAAGCGAAAAUCUCACUGGAUUGACAUUAAGAGCUCCAGCUCCAAAGCAGCGUUCCAAUCUUCCCUCGGCGCUUGCCAGCAAACCGCUUUCCGAAAGAGUUCUGCGACCGAUCAGCGUCAAUAUCUCAACUCCGAUCAGCCUACCCUCACCCAGUAAGACCGUGGUUCGCCGAUUCAGAUCAGGAAGUGAGGGGAAAAUCAAAUCCCUCCAGCCUGAUGAUGACCAGGCCUCUGUCUCGCCUCAACAGCCGCCGAGCGAUUCCUGUAAACCCUCUAUUCAGAUUCGAACUGAUUCGGCUGAAAUACCUUCUGCACCGACUGAAACCAGCCAGUUAAGUUCCAAGAACUUGCAGACACUGUCUAAUAUGCUGAGGAGCAACCAACCCCCUCACGCGGAGCUCAGCAUCCCCGAAGACAGCGAGCGAGAUUCCCUCAAACCAGGUGAAGAGGGAAUCAGUGAGAAGUAUUUCAGUCUAGCACCUACACUGGGUUCUUCUCAAAGAUCCCAUGGUUCUGCUCAUGGAGAUUUCACUUGCUCAGAAGGUUCCCCGCCCACGGAACCUCUGGCUCUACGUUCGACCUUUUUCAACGUAGGCAUCAUCCUCCCCGCGCCCCCAUGUGAAGUGGGUAGACCUGACAAGGCUUACGUGGAAAAUGCGGAGCGCUCAUCAGAAUCCCGGCUGGCGUCGAUGAGGUUGGAGACCAUGAUUCUCAAGCAACGCCGGGUCGAUUUCGAACCGGUCGAAAGCGAAUCGAAACUCGGCCGGAGUGUCGAGAAAGAUCGGCCCUUGGCUGAAAAUCAUCUGGGAGAUUCCAACCUCGAUCACCAGUCAAGCAUCCUUCCCACAAGAAACUCCUCGACCAUCGGCAAAGUCAGAUGUGCGCUCCUGGAGUCCGAACGACUUUUAGGAAUCAAAUGGAUUAAUAACGUGGAUACCACAUUAACUACGAAUCCUCACAUUACACCCGAAGUCCGAUAUCAUGCGAGCUUGCUAUUUUCACUCUAUUGGGUGGUACUUUGA